GUUUCUGACAAAUGCAUAUUUUAGAAACCAACUUCUCUUAUAGUUACAGAAUGAUUGCUAAAAGCGCUUCCCUUUUCUCUCUUCUACAUACUGGAUCUGCUUCUCAGCCUACCCCGUUCUCUCCCCAGCUGGUCCGUGAGGCGCGUCACCGGGACUCCUUGUUUCUAUCCAAGUUCUGCCCACUUUGCUUUUAAAGGAAGUAUCGAGUUAACUCUUUACAUUCCACACUCGGAGCAAUCGUUCGUUUCCUUGCAUAGUUCAGCAGAAUGUGUGAACCUGGGCCGUUGAAGAAUCGCGCUCUUUAAAAAGUCUGGAUUGCUUCGUGCCCCCCAAAAUAUUAUAACCAAGGAGAGGGGAGGAAAGGGAAACGCAGCGGUGUGUUAAAAAAAAGCCCCAAAGCCGAAGUUGUCACUCUACCCUUUUUCCUAUCUCUAUAUUUUUUGCUCUCUCUCUCUUUCUCUCUCUCUCUCUCUCUGCCUGUCUUUUCAGGCUGGCCGCGAAGAUGUUGUCUGUGCUGCCCAAAGUGGAGAAGCUGUCAGCGCGGGUCAUCCGCGUCCUGGGCUGUAAUCCCGGGCCUAUGACGCUCCAGGGGACCAACACCUACUUGGUGGGAACCGGGCCCAGGAGGAUCCUAAUAGAUACUGGAGAGCCAUCUAUCCCUGAAUAUAUAAGCUGUUUGAAACAAACGCUCCAUGAAUUCAACAUUUCCAUACAGGAAAUUUUAAUAACUCAUUGGCACCAUGAUCACACUGGAGGUAUAUCCAAUAUUUGUGAAAAUAUUCCAGCCAGUUAUGAGUAUUGCAUAAGUAAGCUUCCACGUAACCCUCAUCAAGAAGAAGUAAUAGAAGGAGAGAAGAAGUAUGUGUAUUUAAGAGAUGGAGAUGUUUUAAAUACAGAGGGAGCUUCUCUCAGGGUAUUAUAUACCCCAGGGCAUACUGAUGACCACAUGGCUUUACAUUUGCUAGAAGAAAAUGCAAUAUUUUCUGGUGAUUGUAUUUUAGGAGAAGGAACAACUGUGUUUGAAGACCUUUAUGACUACAUGAAGUCAUUGGAAAAACUUCUGGGAAUCAAAGCUGAUUUAAUAUACCCAGGACAUGGACCAGUAAUAAAAGAAGCAAGAGCUAAAAUUCAAGAAUAUAUUUUACACAGAAAUGCACGUGAGCAGCAAAUCCUACACAUCCUGGAUGAGAAUGCUGGGAAAUCUCUCACAGCAGAGGAACUUGUGAAAAUUGUUUACAAGGAUACACCUGUCCAUUUGCAUCCAGCUGCAGAAAUCAAUCUCAAACAUCACCUGAAGAAGCUAAAAAAAGAAGGGAAAGUUGUAUAUGAAAAUUCUCCUAACUUCAAGUGGAAAAGUGUUUUAUAAAUAUGGCAUAUACACAGUUUGACAAACGUGCUCUUCUAUUUUCUGAACUUAAAAGGACUAAAAAUUUUAAUAUCAAAAUUACAUGUAAAGCAGAUGCACAAAUGGAUCUGUAUUUUGUUAUUAAUCUGAUUAAAUAAUAAUUUGUCGAUUGAAAGAAUCAUUCAGGGUGGAACAAGUGGAUUAUUUAUUUCAAAGCAAAAUAUUCAAAAUUUGCUUUGGAUACUUGAAUAUUUUGUAAAGAAGUUUGGUUCAAGGAAUGUUAUUAUUAAUUAAAUUUGUAUGCAGCCUGACUCUUAGCAGUAUGAGGGUUUAAGAUUAUUUAAACAAUGUAAAUUCAUUGCCAUUAUAUGAAUUGUAUAAUAAAUAUAAUAACUAAGUAUUUUUGUUCAUA